UUUCUUUCGAUGCAGACUUGGGUCUGAUGAGAGGUGAGGAGAGGGUGGCACAGAGCAUGAGCUGGAUUGUACACGCGGGAGGGCUGAGCGUGUGAGCGAGCUAGCGGACACGGCAUUGAUACCUCUCCCUGCCAGCGAAUUGAUUAAAAUAAGGAAUUAACACACACCGUCAAGGCAGAGGUGGAGUUGCUGGAGGCGAGUGUGGUGUGUGAUUCAGAGGAAGGCUCUUCAGAGGAAGAAGAGGCGAAUGGGUCUCCUCUUAAAACACUACAGAGAGCAAGAAGGUGCUGUGAGAGGUGUUCUACCUGCUGCCAGAGAAGGAGGAGAGAGAGCCAGAGACUGCGAGGAGAUGCUGCUGCUUCUUCUGCUGCCAACACAACGAAACCUGGAGCCGUUCCGCUGAAACAACUCAGCAGGUGCCUUGCGCACACACAUUGAUUUAAUUUGGGUCCGUUCCCCUUGUCGCCCCCCUCACAGCCGCUGUCUUUGUGCCCUCCCCGCGCCUCCUGUGUUUGUGUGUUCUGCUGCACUUACUUGCGUGAAGGCAUCUGCACCAACGUCGCCUGCUGUGCGGUGCCGCUUUCUGCCAACGUUGCCUGGCGCGAAUGCAGGUUUUGCAACCCUUGGCAUCCUGGAAGCAUCCUGGAAGCAUGCAGGGAUUUGGGAGCGUAUCCGUGAUGCUUUUCUUGAAAUAGUUCAGAGCACAUCAGAGGGCUGAGAUUUUUCAGGACAAUCUUCCCUUUAUCCAUUUUUUCCCCUGCUGUUUUUUUUUCAAAUAUGGAAGUCCAGAGUUGAUGAAACCGGAGAACCGGAGCCACAGUUUGUGGGUAGAUGGUGGAAUAGGAUUGCCGUAUUGAUUGUUCUCUUUAUGAUAGGGCAUCAAAAAUAGCAAUCGAAUAAAUAUGGUAUCUCUACCGCAGCAGACUGGAGAUAAGCUCCAAGAGGCACUGAUGGCCCAUCCGGAGUGACGAGGACCCGUUGGAGCUCAUGUUCGGAGGCGUGUGUCCGUUUUCUGUACACGUAUGUACAAGCCCAGAAGUGGUGCCAUGUCGUCCUUUGGGAAGCUCACGGAGUACUUCAGCCUCAGGAAGUCCAGGAAUGAAUUUCGAUCGGAUCGCCGGAGCGGCAGGAGGAGUGGCAGCUACUGCUGUAGCAUCACCGAAUGCAGGUCGCUAGAUAGGAAACCGCAGAGACCCGUGUUAGGAAAGUCACGGACUCUUCCCAGCAUCCCACAGUCUCCGGUCCUGAGUCGGAUUCCUCUUCUGGAUUCCAAGCUGUACAGGAGAGACAUGCCAGAGCCGGCCCAGCACCGGACCCUCUCGGCUCCCGAUUAUGAGAAGGGAUGCACCGUGCCCUCUUCAGGAGCGGCCUGGCAGCUGGAAGAGGAUGGUGCAGCGCAUGGCAGGGAUCCCCAUGCGCUUCAGCCCCGGCUGUGCACGGCUGUCGAGGAGGCGCCCUUCCGCUCCCUGAGAGCACACUCGUACUACAUGAGGAAAAGCCUCUCCGUGGACGACCACCUGGGCUCCCUCCACCCCACCGAAACCAAGACCGAGCGAGUCAAGACCAAACUCCGGCGGCAAUUUAGUCUUGGAUCGUCAGACAAGAAGGAGUUGUACCCCGCAAAGUCUGAGAGCAGCCUCUCUAAGUUCACACACCGGCUCUCGGUUAAGCAGAAGCAGGAGAAGAGGAGGAAAGCGGAGUAUGGCCCGGCUGACCUGCCUGCCUUCCGUCCCCGGUCGCUGAGCGUUGAAUGGACAUCCUCACCUAAAAUGACACAGCAAAUGAGAGACCUACAGCUGGCCCAGUCUCGAAAGCAGCCUGGACCUUCAUCUCCAAAUGCUGCGAAGAGGCUCUAUCGGAACCUCUCUGGGAAAUUCCGAGUGAAUUACAUGUCCUUUGAUGAAGGAAGCUUAGCAGGGAGGAAUGAAAAGGAGAAGCUGCGGAAGUCCUGCCUUUUCCAGGGCAAUGCCGCUCUCUUUGAGGCCGUGGAGCUGCAGGACCUUGAUAAAGUGCAAGAGCUGCUCCGGCAAUAUAGCCUCGAAGAGCUGGACCUCAACACCCCAAACAGUGAAGGUCUUCUGCCGCUGGACAUCGCCAUCAUGACCAACAAUUCACCCAUCGCCAAAAUACUGCUGCUAGCCGGAGCCAAGGAAAGCCCUCACUUUUUGAGUCUGGAAAGCCGAUCUUUGCACCUCUCCACACUUGUCCGGGAAGCAGAACAGCGGGUCAGUGAACUCACGGCACAGGUUGUGAAUGAGGUCCCCAACGCAGACUGCUCUGAGAAAGAAAAACAACUGAAAGCCUGGGAGUGGCGCUACCGGCUUUACAAGCGCAUGACCGCGGGAUUUGAGCAUGCUCGCGUCCCCGAUCCGCCCACCAACGUCCACCUCUCCGUGGCCAGUAGCACAUCGGUGGAAGUUUCCUUCCAGGAGCCUCUCAGUGUCAACUCAGCGGUUGUCACCAAAUACAAAGUCGAAUGGAGCUGCUCGCCCACCUUUUCCCCGCUGCUUGGCGAAGUGGUGAUUGACAAGCUGAAAAGCCUGCAAGCCACCAUCCCUGGCCUGGCCUCGGGAACCCCUUAUUACGUCCAAGUGUCUGCAUAUAACAUGAAAGGUUGGGGACCUCCGCAACGAUCCACACCCUCCUUUGCUGUUCCCUCAAACUGGAGAGAGUACGAUGGGCGAGUGCCACGCCGAAGAGGCCAAACGGAAGCUCUGGACCACCUCUUGAACCAGGUGAAAAUGGUACACCAGCACUGUGUGUGCCAUGAGCCUUGUAAGAAUCAGCCGCAGAGCAGAAAGCAUUCGGUCUCCAAGAGCCUGAAGUAUCUCUUCCAUCCUGGAAGCAAAUUCUUAAAGACGUUGAAAAGGGGCCUGUACUUGGCGUCAAUAUUCUACAAGGAUGACAGCCUCUUGGUGACGCACGAGGAUCAGAUCCCUGUCGUGGAGAUAGACGACACUUACUCCUGUCUGCUCAUGCAGGACUUCCUCUGGUUCACCAAGGUGUCGUGCAUGUGGGAUGAAAUCCUGUGGCUGCGGCAGUGUGUCACCGUUUCCCAGUCGUCUUGCUCCUGUGUUUUGCAAACACGCCUCAAGAUGUUGCUGUCCAUUUCAGAGAUGCAGGGCCUGCUGGGGAUCCAGGACCUGGGGCAGGUCUUUUUUGAGCCCAUCAAAGACAAGCAGGGCAACAUCGUGAUCGUCACCCUCAAGGAGGUGAAGACCAGCCAAACCUUUGAAAGUGUCCGCUGGGUCCCUCUCGCCAAGCUGCAGAACAACCGCAAGUCCCUCUCGUCCCCGGAAGAGCCCACCGCCCUGGAUCUGCUGUGCAUGACCAUGCAGGACAAGCUGGCUUAUCACCAGCAAAGCGGCCAAGCCCUCCCCGCUGGCCUGUAUUUGGGUUAUUUGAAGCUCUGCAGUGCCGUCGACCAGAUACGGGUUUUGGUGCCCGAACAGCGGCCAAACAUCCUCUGCCACGUGAAGAUACGAAGCAACCCAAACAUCUCCAGGGAGGAAUGGGAAUGGCUGCAGAACCUGGCCAGCAUGGAGGAGCCCGUUCCCAGCGAACGAGUCCCAGAGCCCACCCAGAAUCCCUUGCUUCAAGAACUCCAAGCGGCCGUCAGAGAACUGGUGCAACUGGUCAACAUCCCACUGCGUGAGGCCAAAGAUUUUCGUCUAUACAGCCAGGAAGUUCUGGACUUUGGAGAAAAGGUCUCCUUCCUUCUGCUCCUGCCUCCCUCGGAUGACGUCUGCACUGCGCCCGGUCAGAACAACCCAUACGCACCACACUCGGGGUUUCUGACACUUCCUCUUCAGAUCUUUGAACUCGUCCAUUUUUUCACCUACGACCAAGCAUUCAUUAGCCAGUAUUGCCAAGUGUCGGCACUGCUGGAACUGGAGUCCCUUCUUUCUCAGCAAAGCCUCCGAGAGGCCUUCUCCGACUCGGAAGUCACCAUCGCCAAGCAGAGGCACCAGCAAGUGCAGGACUACAUGCAGCAAAUGGAGGAGAUUUGGAGAGAAAUGCGCUGGAUGAUGGACGCCCUGCAGCAUGCGCGGUACAAGCAGCCGUCCUGUGGCAUCUCGCUCAUGUGGUUCAUCCAAGAGCCUAGCGUUGUGCUGAAGGAGAAAACGGAGUCCACCUCUUCCCACUUGGACUUCCUUCCCUCCCCUACUCAGUCUCCUGAAACAAAUCGCAAGCUCAACUCCGAUUCGCAUGGACUUUCGGACGAGGAGGGCUCAUCCGAAGUCUUCUUAGCGACAGACAGCGACUAUGACUCCAGCCGAGCCCAGAGCCCCAGAGAGCUUGACCUGGUCUACUCUUCCUCCGGCCACGAAGGCUGUGGGAGAAGAAACCCUCGCGCUUUGAGGGACAGCGCUCCGGACGUCCUUCAGAACCACGAGUUGAAGACCCUUCCAGUUCCUCCAGAGGAGCACCCGCCUCCCCCGGAGCUCUACGACAGCGACUUUGUUCUCCCGAGCCGGCAAAUCGAGCUGCUGCGAAUCACGGAGAAGCGGCAGGCCUACUGUGUCCGCACCAGCAGCCUCGACUUCCCUAAACCCUUCUACCACGGAGCCAGGAAGUCAUGCCCGGGCUCCGUUGACAGCUCCCCAACCGAAACAAGGACUGCAAGCCGGUGCAACCCUUUGAGGUUCGAGGCAGGCUCGGCGUUCAGUCCCAAGCACGGGUGGCCUGCAGAGAACCCCGAGUCUGUUUUUCGGACGCGCUCCGUGGAAUGGACUCACACUUUCCAGGAAACACCCGAAACAGGACAUGUAGCAAAGCAGGGCAAGUCCUCGAGCUCCUUCACCUUGCAUGUGUGCCCUCAGUAUGAAACAGGGCUCUCCAAAGAGACAAGUAUCAAGCUGCACAUCACCAACAAGAUGUCAGCCGAAGACGUGGUGAAACUGGUGGUGCAGAAGAUGAACGUGGUCUCGCGCGACGUCCUCGGAACCGCCGACGCCUUUUGCUACAGCGAAGAACAAUUGGGCCACUUUGGGCUCGUGUUCAUAUCCGACAAAGCCGAGCAGUGGCUUCCCAAUGACUUCCUGCCUCUCUCGCUCCACAAGGCUUGGCCCGACGGCAGGUUUUAUGUCCGGAUCAAAGAGACGUCUCCGCUCUUGUUUCAUUACGGCCCGGCGACCACCGUAUGAGAGGCGGAGAAGUCAGGGACCUUCAACUUCCAGCGAGCAGACAGCUCACCACCGAUGCUUCCUUCUUGAAAAGACACUUUGGUGCCAUCCGCCGUGGUCCAAAAUAGGAGCAUACAUGGCAGUGUGUUGCUUUCUUGUGUGUAUGUGUGUGUGUGUGUUUCAUUUUAACCAAAGAGAUAUCCAGACUUUGUUGUUAUGGCUACAAUUAAGGAUAAAAUUCCCAGAGUCUUUGGGACAAGAGAAUAAAAUUCGUUGAAGACAAUUUCAGAUGCAAAGAAGGACUGGUUAGGUUUAAAGAAGCAAUACAUAAUUAUAUAUAUUUUUUCAUUCAGAGGAAGGGAGUGUUACGAAAGGGGAAACCACCAUGUUCCUGGCUGUAGCCAUCCCAAAAUUGGGCUGGAGCAACGGCGGAAAAAGGGUGCAGGGGUCUCACCAAGUCCUGUUAAUGUUUACUGUUUCGUUGUCCCUGGAAAAAUACGAAAUUGCACAUAGUUUUCUGACCAAAUUAUUUUCCUAGAAAGGGGCUGUUUUCCUCAACUUCAUGUGGAUCGGAAAAAAACUCUGGAGACUAGUUGUCCCAGAAGCAUCCUAGAGGAAUCCAGCCUCCUUUCCUGGCCUAAAAUUUCCUCCUGUCAGCCCAGCUUUCAAAUCUAUAUCUAUAUAUAUAAAAGGGUAAUGAAAUUUCGGCCUAGGACAAAACAACAAAACUACACAUCCCAGAAACACUAAACUUGGCAGCACAACCCCUUAUCCAUGCCUCUACGUUCAUACAACAAAACAAAAAAAAGAAAAAUAAAGUCCUAAUUAGAGGAAGAGGAAUUAUUUUUUUAUCCAAUUGCUGCCAGUUAGAAGGCUAAGCUCUGCCCACUUGGUCUCCUAGCAACCCACUCAGCCCAGGGGACAGGCAGAGUUAGACCUCACUUAGGCCUCUUCCACACUGCCUAUAAAAUACAGAUUAUCAGAUUUUAACUGGAUUAUAGGGCAGUGUAGACUCAAGGCCCUUCCACACAGCUAUAGAACCCAUUUAUAAUCUUAUAUUAUCUGCUUUGAACUGGAUUAUCUUGACUCCACACUGCCAUAUAAUCCACUUCAGUGUGCAUUUUAUACAGCUGUGUAGAAGGGGCCUCAUACUUCACCACAGCAACGUGUGGCCGGACACAGUUAGUUUUGUAUAUUAUUAUUUCUUUGAAAAUAAUUCAGUUUUUUCAAAAGCCUACCCUAGAACUCCAUGGUAUAAAAUGCUAUACGAGAUGUUUCCACUGUGUGAGAAUCUACGGUCGUUUCUCUCCCAAAGAAAACAGACUUUACAUCUGGGAUAAAACUUCCUCUUGGUAGGAAAGCUGCGCCCAUCUUUUGGGAAGACUUAGGACCCAUCUACACUGCGAUAUAAAUGCAGCUUCAGAAUGUAGUUGAACUGCCUUGAACUGGACUACCUGGCAGUGUAGACUCAUAUAAUCCAUUCAAUACAGUUGAACUGCAUUCUGGAAUUGCAUGAUACGGCAAUGUAGACGGGGCCAAAAAGUGCUACAUUCCUUAAAACCAUAUUAUAUCUCUUUUAUUUUGUGUUUUAGCCUCUCUCUCUCUCUCUGCCUUUAUCUUCUUUUACUUAACGGUAGGUCUAGAAAAGGAACACAAGGGAAAGGGCUCGGGCUGUGGCGCAGGCUGGAGAGCAGCUGCAAUGAAUCAUGCAAUGAAUCACUCUGACCAGGAGGUCAUGAGUUCGAGGCCCGCUCGGAGCCUAUGUUUGUUUGUCUUUGUCCUAUGUUAAACGGCAUUGAAUGUUUGCCUAUAUGUGUAAUGUGAUCCGCCCUGAGUCCCCUUCGGGGUGAGAAGGGCGGAAUAUAAAUGCUGUAAAUAAAUAAGUGUGGCCAGGAGACCACUCUUGUUGUUUAUUUGUUCAGUGGCUUCUGAUUCUUUGUGACCGCAUGGACCAUCCCACGCCAGAGCUUCCUGUUGGCCGUCACCACUCGCAACUCCUUCAAGAUCAAGCCAGUCACUUCAAGGAGACCAUCCAUUUAUCUUCCCCUUGGUCAGCCUCUCUUCUUUUUUCCUUCCAUUUUCCCCAUCAUCGUGAUCUUUUCCACGCUUUCCUGUCUCCUCAUGAUGUGGCCAAAAUACUUCAGCUUUGCCUCUCAUAUCCUUCCCUCCAGUGAGCAGCCAUCGGGCAUUAUUUCCUGGAGGAUGGACUGGUUAGAUCUUCUCGCCAAGGUCCAAGGCACUCUCCUGCUGCCUUGUUAUUAACAAUGCUUCUUAAGGCCCAACACCACAGUUCAAAAGCGUCUCUCUUCCUUCGCUCAGCCUUUCUUAAAGUCCAGCCAUAGGUUACUAUGGGGAAGACCAUUGCUGUCACUAUGCGGACCUUCGUGGCCAGUGUGAUGUCUCUGCUCUUCACUCUUUUGUCCAGGUUGGCCAUUGCUCUCCUCCCAAGAAGGAAACGUCUUCUGAUUUCCUGGCUGGAGGAAUCUUUGCACCUAGAAAUACAAAGUCUGUCACUUCCUCUGUUUGCCAGUUAUCAAUCAGUCUGGUUGCCAUCAUCUUGGUUUUCUUGAUGUCUAACUACAACCCAGCUUUUGCAUUUUCUUCUUUCACCUUGGUGAUAAGGCUCCUCAGCUGCUCCUCGGCGUCAGAGUGGUAUCAUCUGCAUAUCUAAGGUUGUUAAUGUUUCUUCCAGAAAUUGGAUUUGUCAAGCCCUGCACGUUGCAUGAUGUGUUCUGCAUACAAGUUGAAUAGGGAGGGUGAGAGGAUACAGCCCUGACGUCCAUACUCCUUUCCCAAUCUGGAACCAGUCUGUUGUUCCGUGAUCUGUUCUGACUGUGGCUACUUGGUCUUUAUACAGAUUCCUCAAGAGACAGAUAAGGUGAUUUGCUAUCUCCAUACCACCAAGAACUUGCCACAAUUUGUUUUGAUCCACACAGUCAAAGGCUUUGGAAUAGUCAAUAAAACAGAAAUAGAUGUUCUUCUGAAACUUCCUGCCUUCCUCCAUUAUCCGGCGGAUAUUGGCAAUUUGGUCUCUUGUUCCUCUGCCUUGUACAUCUGGCAACUCUCGCUCCAUGUCUUUUGCUGGAGUCUGCCUUGCAAGAUCUUGAGCAUUACCUUCCUGGCAUGGGAAGUAAGGGCCACUGUACGGAAGUUUGAGCAUUCUUUGGCGUUUCCCUUUUUGGGUAUGGGGAUAUAAAUUGAUUUUUCCAAUCUGAUGGCCAUUCUUGUGUUUUCCAUAUUUGCUGGCAUAUGGCAUGCAUCACUUUGACAGCAUCACCUUCCAAGAUUUUAAACAGCUCAGAUGGGAUCCCAUCAUCUCCUGCUGCCUUGUUAUUAGCAAUGCUUCUUAAGGCCCAUUCAACCUCACUCCUCAGGAUGUUUGGUUCUAAUUCACUCACCACACCGUCAAAGCUAUCCUCUGUAUUAUUAUCCUUCCUAUAUUGAUCUUCUGUAUAGUCUCGCCACCUUCUCUUGAUCUCUUCAGCUUGAUCUCUUCAGCUGGGAUCCCAUCAUCUCCUGCUGCCUUGUUAUUAGCAAUGCUUCUUAAGGCCCAUUCAACCUCAUUCCUCAGGAUGUCUGGUUCUAAUUCAGUCACCACUCCGUCAAAGCUAUCCUUGAUAUUAUUAUCCUUCCUAUACAGAUCUUCUGUAUAGUCUCGCCACCUUCUCUUGAUUCUCUUCAGCUGGGAUCCCGGCGUCUCCUGCUGCCUUGUUAUUAGCAAUGCUUCUUAAGGCCCAUUCAACCUCGCUCCUCAGGAUGUCUGGUUCUAAUUCACUCACCACACUGUCAAAGCUAUCCUUGAUAUUAUUAUCCUUCCUAUACAGAUCUUCUGUAUAGUCUCGCCACCUUCUCUUGAUUCUCUUCAGCUGGGAUCCCGGCGUCUCCUGCUGCCUUGUUAUUAGCAAUGCUUCUUAAGGCCCAUUCAACCUCGCUCCUCAGGAUGUCUGGUUCUAAUUCAUUCACCACACUGUCACCGUUGUGUGGUGAAUGACAGUGUGGUAUGGGGAGAUAAAUUGAUUUUUUUCCAAUCUGAUGGCCAUUCUAGACCACUCUAGAGCUUCCCUUUCUCAGGAUCUGCCUUCAUUUGCUUGCUUUUCCUUACAUUCCUCUUCAAGAAGCGGGUGCAGAGACUCCUUCUUUUCAUCUCCUGCAGUAGCGGAAUAUUGUAAGUGAAGCCAAGGGUCCCUUAUUGCCAUGAGAAGAUGUUGGGGUCACGGAAAGCUGGCUUAACACCAACACCACAGCAAUAUUUAGCUAGAAAUUGGAGACGAUGCCUCAACGUGAGACCUAAAUCAUGGGGAAUCAUCUAGCCUAGGAAAGAUGUGAUCAGGCCUAUCUUUUUGACACUUCGGCUCAGCUCUGAAACAAAGCAAGCAGCUCGGCAUGUAAGCCGUUGUUUCCAGUACAGUGGAGAGGGCUUCCUUUGAAGCACUUCCAAUUGCGAAGAGGAGGAGGAGGAAGAAGGGGGUGCAGGAGGAAGCAUUUCAUCUGGUUACAAUGAGCAUACACAAAAUAGCAGUCAUUCCAAGGCUCCAAACCCUUUGACAAAUCUAGCACGUCUAAAGAAACACUCCCUCUGCUUCCCAUGUUGAUGCCUCAUCCCAUAGGAUACAAAGCCUCUCUCUCAGCUUAACGCCAGAUGCCUGAGCACUGGAGGAGCCUUUCCAAACUUUCAUGGAAACAUGGGUUGAAAUUGUUGAUUAUAGUCCCAGCCGUUGCAGUCGGGGUGAAAGAAACCGGUAGAUGUCACUCAGCAAGACCCUGAGGGUGCACAGUUGUUGUCACUCUUGCUUUAAACAAUCCAUGGAUUCUGUCACUUUGAGCCAAAGUUCUCUCUACAGUUACUUUGAAAGUCUCCCCAGUCUUAAAACUGGGAAUAUAGAGUCAGUGUUUAUCUGAGAGACUAGUAAAAAGGUAAAGUCCAGUCGUGUCCGACUCUGGGGGUUGGUGCUCAUCUUCAUUUCUAAGCUGAAGAGCCGACGUUGUCCGUAGACACCUCCAAGGUCAUGUGGCCACUGGCAUGACUGCAUGCAGCGCCGUUACCUUCCCGCCGGAGCGGUACCUAUUGAUCUACUCACAUUUGCAUGUUUUCGAGCUGCUAGGUUGACAGAAGCUGGGGCUAACAGCGGGCUCUCAUUCCGCUCCCCGGAUUUGAACCUGCAACCUUUUGAUCCGCAAGUUCAACAGCUUAGCACUUUAACACACUGCACCACCGGAGGCACAGUGAGACUAUGUUGAGUAAAUAUUCUGCCCCAUCAAUGGAUUAAUUGAAUCUUUUGGCUGAUAGGUGUUCAAAGCACAUGGAGAAGACCCAACGGGGUGCCCUCUCUAUCUCUUCCAUCGUUGGUCCUUUAUUUAUUAUUUAUUUACAGUAUUUAUAUUCCGUCCUUCUUUCUCACCCCGAAGGGGACUCAGGGCAGAUCACAAUAUACAUUACACAUGGCAAACAUUCAAUGCCAUAUGACAUAGAGACAGAGACAAUUUAACACUCUCCAGCUUCAUGAGGGUAUGCUCAAGUCACAGGAGGAGCUGUGGUUCAUCAUCCACUGUGAUACCGAGUCUUUGAUGGAUUACUUCCUCAAUCUUCCACAUGCUGCUGGAUGAUUUUAAUGGUGUCAUAAAUUAAAUUGGCCUCCUCGCUUAGGUAAAGGUAAAUGUUUCCCCUGAUGUUAAGCCUAGUCAUGUCUGACUCUGGGGGUUGGUGCUCAUCUCCAUUUCUAAGCCGAAGAGCCGGCGUUGUCCGUAGACACCUCCAAGGUCAUGUGGCCAUGGGCAGGACUGCAUGGAGCGCCAUUACCUUCCCAUCACCAUAAUCUAUUCACAUUUGCAUGUUUUCAAGAUGCUAGAUUGGCAGAAGCUGGAGCUAACAGCAGGUGCUCAUUACGCUCCCUGGAUUCGAACCUGUGACCUUUCAGUCUGCAAGUUCAGCAGUUCAGCACUUUAACACACUGCACCACUAGGGGCGCCCUCCUCACAUAAGCGGUACCUAAUUUUCCUACUUGAUAGAUGCAACUAUCUUUGGGUUGCUUUGGUCAACAACGAGCAGGGCUAUUUUUAAUGGAUGGGCACUCAAUCCGACUCGGGUUGACUUCGAACUCAUGACCACUGAGAAUUCAUUACCUUUUGGUGGCUAAUUUUUAUAGUUCUGGGUCUUUUUCUCCGCCUGCUGGUACAUUUCUUCCUAUAAGGGGAGAGCAUUCACUAAAAAAUUUGGCAUCUCUGAUCUGGGAGCAGAAGGGAAAUCCUUCCCUAGUGAGAUAAUAAUAAUAAUAAUAAUAAUAAUAAUAAUAAUAAUAAUAAUAAUAAUAAUAAUAAUAAUUCAAUAAUAAUAAUUCAAGUACCACCUGCCAGCAGUAAAGAACUGGUGGGAUCACAAACCUGCAAAAGUAUUGGAAAAUAAGCACGCAAAGUUACUGUGGGACUUCCGAAUCCAGACUGUCAAAUUUCUGGAACACAACACACCAGACAUCACAGUUGUAGAAAAGAAAAAGGUUUGGAUCAUUGAUGUCGCCAUCCCAGGUGACAGUCGCAUUGAUGAAAACAACAGGAAAAACUCAGCUGCUCUCAGGACCUCAAGGUUGAACUUGGAAACAAUAGACAUUGACAAAAUCACGAUCUGCCAACUGCAAAAGGCCACCCUACUGGGAUCUGCGCACAUCAUCCGAAAAUACAUUACACAGUCCUAGACACUUGGGAAGUGUUCGACUUUUGAUUUUGUGAUACGAAAUCCAGCAUAUCUCUCUUGUUUGCUGUGUCAUAAUAAUAAUAAUAAUAAUAAUAAUAAUAAUAAUAAUAAUAAUAAUAAUAAUAAUAAUAUAAUAAUAAUAAUAAUAAUAAUAAUAAUAAUAAUAAUAAUAAUAAUAAUAAUAAUAAUAGAUCCUGCUGGGAUCUGCACGCAUCAUCCAAAAAUACAUCACACAGUCCUAGUCACUUGGAAAGUGUUCGACUUUUGAUUUUGUGAUACGAAAUCUAGCAUAUCUAUCUUGUUUGCUGUGUCAUAAAAUAUUACUAUUAUUAUUAUUUUAUUUUAUUUUUUAUUAUUAUAUUUAUAUAAUUAUAAAUAUAAUAUUUAUAAAUAAAAUAAAAUUAUUAUUAUUAUUAUUAUUAUUAUUAUUAUUAUUAUUAUUAUUAUUAUUAUUGAUCCUACUGGGAUCUGCAGACAUCAUCCAAAAAUACAUCACACAGUCCUAGACACUUGGGAAGUGUUCGACUUGUGAUUUUGUGAUACGAAACCCAGCAAAGCUAUCUUGUUUGCUGUGUCAUAAAAUAAUAAUAAUAGUACAGUAGAGUCUCACUUAUCCAACAUAAACGGGCCGGCAGAAUGUUGGAUAAGUGAAUAUGUUGGAUAAUAAGGAGAGAUUAAGGAAAAACCUAUUAAACAUCAAAUUAGGUUAUGAUUUUACAAAUUAAGCACCAAAACAUCAUGUUAUACAACAAAUUGGACAGAAAACGUAGUUCAAUACCCAGUAAUGUUAUGUUGUAAUUACUGUAUUUACGAAUUUAUCACCAAAAUAUCACGAUGUAUUGAAAACAUUGACUACAAAAAUGCGUUGGAUAAUCCAGAACGUUGGAUAAGUGAGUGUUGGAUAAGUGAGACUCUACUGUAAUACUUUAUUCUUAUAUCCCGCCCCAUCGCCCCAAGGUAAACGUUGAGCCAGGCCUCCUUAGCAAGAAAAAGUACUAUCCCUGAUGUAAAGACUCAUAUCUGCCCUUGCAGAAGCAUUUCAAAAAUAUGUGGUCAGUAAAACUAUUCCACUUAUUUGUUUUACAAGCAAAACACAAUUUGCCACACAUGGCAGAAAAUAGACUUUGGUAUCCUAGGUGUGCUACAAGUUUUCACUUGAGUUGUUAAUCUUUCCUUUCCUGACUCGGUUACUGUUUUGUUGCCGUGGUUGUGAUUCAGUAGCAUGAUGUUUUGUUGGCCGCUCGGUCUCUUUGUUAAUAGUAAAGACUUCUGAGAGUGA